GGCAUCCUUCGCGCGGUGGCGGCGGCCAGGCGGCGGCGGCGGCCGGGCUGAGGAGGAGGACGGUGCGCUGCGGGUGGAGAGGUGUGAGGGCGACCGUGAGACCUGACGGGAAAGCCGGGCCGGGAGGGCCGCCGCCGCCGCCAUGCAGGAAAUCAUCGCCAGCGUGGACCAUAUCAAGUUCGACUUGGAGAUCGCAGUGGAGCAGCAGCUCGGGGCGCAGCCGCUGCCCUUCCCCGGCAUGGACAAGUCGGGGGCUGCUGUCUGCGAAUUCUUUCUGAAAGCUGCUUGCGGCAAAGGGGGCAUGUGCCCAUUCCGCCACAUCAGUGGCGAGAAGACAGUUGUCUGCAAACACUGGCUGCGUGGGCUGUGCAAGAAAGGGGACCAGUGCGAGUUCCUGCACGAGUAUGACAUGACCAAGAUGCCCGAGUGCUACUUCUAUUCCAAGUUCGGGGAGUGCAGCAACAAGGAGUGCCCCUUCCUGCACAUCGACCCUGAAUCCAAGAUCAAGGACUGCCCUUGGUAUGACCGUGGUUUCUGCAAGCACGGUCCCCUGUGCAGGCACCGGCACACACGGAGAGUCAUCUGUGUGAAUUACCUCGUGGGAUUCUGCCCGGAGGGACCCUCAUGUAAAUUCAUGCACCCUCGAUUUGAACUGCCCAUGGGAACCACCGAGCAGCCUCCACUGCCGCAGCAGACCCAGCCUCCGAGCAAGCAAAGUAACAAUCCGCCAUUACAAAGGUCGUCCUCCUUGAUCCAGUUAACGAGUCAGAACUCUUCUCCCAACCAGCAGAGAGCCCCGCAGGUCAUCGGGGUCAUGCAGAGUCAAAACAGCAGUGCAGGAAACCGGGGACCCCGGCCGCUGGAGCAGGUCACCUGUUACAAGGUGAGUCCCGGGACUGGGGUACGGUGGGGGCGCUCUUCACCACGUUGGGGACCAUGCUCUCAUCCCCAAGAUGUGUGGUUCAUUUGAAAGACUGAAAACCUCUUUGUUUUUGCCAACCAAAAGAGUAAAGUUAGGCCACUGUAGUGGCUAGAGGCCACCUGCUUCUACCAGCAUACCCAAGUCAAGGUGUUGAGGGUUUAAACGUGCUGUCCUUGUAAGCAGUUGAGGGGAAUCUGGGAACAAAUGAAAGCCACAGUUCAGGCAAGAGCGGUCCUUUGGCAACCUCAGAAGCAUCUUCACCUCCUGCGUGGGCACACCCAAGGGAAUAGGACCAAGCUUUGGACCCACAUUGGGUCAGGGAACUGGGUUAGAACACUCCUCCUUCUGUCUCCCACCUCCAGUACAUUAAAUGGGAUGUUAAAGGGAAAGAGUGAACUUAAAGAACCUACUAGAAAACUUGUUCUUAUUCCUGGCUCUGGGUGGGAAGAGGGCAAAUCCCUGCAAAGUCUGCAGUUCCUGUCUGGCCUGUAAGUCUGGGCCCAUCUGCACAUCUCCAGUGAGGGCUCCAAAGUUCCAGAUCGGUUUUGUAAAUCAUUCGGGGCUGGCAGAAGUGGAGGGUCUUAGAGUGAUACAGGCUCAGUCCUGACCAUACCCAGUUCCCCCAGCUGCAGGUCCACAGGAUCAGUUCCUGAGUCAGUCAGGAAACGCAGGAGAACGGGCCCCCCUGAGUGAGACCGAGAUUCUGAAUCUGGGAUUACUAGACGUAAAAUACAAACUUUAGCAUGUGCUUUCUGUAAAAAUGUUGCAACUAUUUAAAAGCGUUGAUACAAGAUCAUCUACCGUAUACAAGGCACAAAGUGAGCACUGUCCCUCAUUGACAUAUUUUCUAAACAUUCAGUAUGUUCUGAUGUCACUUGUUGGACUCAGUGCUCCUCAUAACUCCGAAACCACAAAGGAGAACCCAACUGGGACCCCAGGCUGUGUUUUGGAGAACUGCUGUUCACUCAAGUGCAGGUGUUCUGCGAUCUUAGUUUAGAUAGAGCCCCGUAUGCACAGCAUUCUGUAGGCUUUUUCUUCAUAGUACCUGCUGGCUGUCUGCACAGCUAAUCUUCCGGCGACUGUAACAACACUCCCAACUCACUUUACCAGUUCUGCUGUUGACGUUUAGUGUUUUGCUGUUAAUAACAGUGCUGAAUCUGGGCUCUUAUCCAAUGAGGCUGUCGGGGUCCAGGUCUGCAAGUGGCAGGUCUGAGUCAGAGGGCUACACUUCGAGCCUUCCUAGAAACUGCCUCCAGGAAGGAAGGGCUGGGUCGUGGGACACUCCUGAGGCUGUCAGACUGCAUAGAGCCCAGCUCCGCUGAGCAGUCGGACUGUCUAUGAAUUCAGGGCCAGGAGGCUGGUCCUUGAACCAGGAAGAGUACAGUGAGGGAGUGAGACAGCCUCCGUGGCACUGUGAGGUACAGCAGUGGAGGAGCUGUCGUCAGUGCCCCACUGCACAUAGCUAUCACCUCACCACCUCCCCCCACAGAAACUGCCAGUCCGUGAAUGUACCCAGGAGCCUGGGUCCUCGGGAUCGGCCGCGCUGUGAGCAGGGUCUGUAUAGUCCCUCCCCCUGGUCAUCACAUUGGCUCAAGGCACCUAGGCCACUCAUUCAUAGCCAUGCCUACAGUGUGGAAAGCAAUGGAGAAUGCCAGACAAGGGGAAUGGAAGAGCCCAGUGUGCUGGGUAACAAGGCGCCCGCUCUGCAGCCAGAGCAGGAAGAGUAAAAGGAUGUAGGAAGCUGGUGGUGUCCAUGGAAUUCCCAAAUGAAGAGAAGCUAGAGAAGGGCCAGAAUAAGCAGGCAGGCUUAAAUCAGGGCUGGUGCCACAUCUGUUAAACCAGAAAUUCCCCCAGAGUCGCUUAGACAUAUGUGCGAGAACCUGGAGG